UGCGUUCUCUGCCGUUCCCGGCUCGGACCUCCCGCCUCCCCGGACGUCUCGCAGCCCUUCUCUAACAGGUGGCUCGGUGCCUGCCCGCUCCCCCGCGGCUCCUGCGCCUCUCUCCUUCUCGCCGCCGCCUAACAGGUGGUGGUGCCGCCGCGCCUUCCUCCGUACAGCGGGCAUGGGGAACCAGGUGGAGAAGCUGACCCAUCUCAACUACAAGGAAGUUCCCACGGCCGACCCGACAGGUAUGGACAGAGAUGAAGGGCCCAGGAUCGGGGUCUCCUACAUCUUUUCGAAUGACGAUGAUGAGCUGGAGCAGCAGCAGGAUUCGGUGCAUGACCUGGGGGGUGAGAACCCUGCCCUGCAGCCCUACGAUCCCCAGCUGCACGAGGUGGAGUGCUCAGUCUAUUACCGGGAUGAGUGUAUUUACCAGAAGAGCUCAGAGGAGGACGCGCAGCUAGAGGAGGGCGAUGAAGGGCGGUGGGGGCAUCUGAGCACCUACACCCCGGAGAACCUGCUGAAUAGGUGUAAACCGGGUGACCUGGUGGAGUUUGUGUAAGCCCAGUAUCCGCACUGGGUGGUCUAUGUCGGGGAUUUUCAAGUUGUGCACCUGCAUCGGCUGGAGGUGGUGAACAGCUUCCUCACCGAUGCCAGCCAGGGCAGACGGGGCCGCAUUGCCAACCAGCUGUACCGCUACAAGCCCCUCAGCCCGGCCGUGGUGGUGCGCAAUGCCCUGGAGCAGGUGGGUGCAAGGAUCGGGACUUGAAGCUGGAGAAACUCAGAGUGUUUUGCUGCCUGGUGCCGAUACGGCAAGCGAGAGUUUAAAAUCGGCGGGGAGCUGCGCAUAGGCAAGCAGCCCUACCGAUUGCAGAUCCGGCUGGGUGACAAGCGCAGCCACACGCUGGAGUUUCAGAGCCUGGAGGAUCUGAUCAUGGAGAAGAGGAGAAAUGACCAGAUUGGUAGGGCUGCUGUGAUCCAGGAGCUCUCCAGCCACCUGCAGGCUGCAGAGGAGGAGGAAGAGGAGGAGGAAGACCAUCAUCAUCCAGGUGCUCAGACUGCAGUGGAAGUAGCAGCCUCAGCACCACCAUUCUGCUUUAGCCUGGGUGAUGGGGAUUAAAACUGAAGGCUGCGAAAUUGAGCUGUUAUAAGCCCUUUGGGCUGCUUCGGUGCAGCUUCAUUCCAAUCACAUGUGAAAGGAAGGGGGAAAGCUGAUUAAGUGUCCGUGCUUUAGUGCUUAACUCCUUCAGUGCUUGAUGAUAAAACCCCUGACUUAUUUGUAGAGGAUAAAACUCAGGGCAAUUCUAUCCCCUCUCCUCUCUCACUUCUUUCCCUUCCUCUCUGCCAUGUUCACGCAGAGCCUCUUCCUCAGCCAUCUGCCAGUUAGGCCUGACCCUACAAGAUGCUAAAUGCCUUUGACAUCUACUUAUCAGCAGAAUAGUAUUUAAUACCAUUAAGAAGUAGCCAAACAAUUUCCAGGACAUGACCAGGUAGCUCUGAGCAUGAGGAUAUUGUUUUCCCUUCUCUGCUACUGUUUCUCUUCAGCUGUGGCUUCUGUUGGUACUGCAAGGAGCUCCUUCUUUCCUGUUCAAGGCUUCCUGGGUUUGGUAACCAGUUCCCCAGAAGGUGUAAGGCAGAAAUCGCCACUGAUUUUAAUGAAAUGGGUUUCAUGUGCCUGGUGCCUUCUUAAUUAAUAGGAGGUUGCAGGUGGCCUGGGGAACCUGCUGCUUUGCCAUCAGCAUGUGGCUUUGGGGACAGAAGAUGUAUUUAUUGCCGACAGGUCCCAGGGAAGGAAGCUUGCCGCCCCAGUUAUACUCUGCACACUGGUGCGUGUUGGGACUCCUGCAGGCAGAUGCUGAGCUGUGUCCAGGCUGCCUCGACUUUUCCUAAAGCAAAAGGCAGAGCUCCUGAUUAUGCCUGCAAUACACACAGAGGCAGCAGAAGAAGGUUGCUUAUGUGUAAGAGUAUGUCUUGAGUAAGUUGUCCCUCAAGAGAGUGAGGGACAACUGGGUUGGCUGGGUUCUGCAGCUCAGUGAACACUGCUGUGAUGGACGGUAUGGGGGAGAGCACAGGCUGGAAGACAUUAUAGUCAGGGGGGGCUCUUGGGUGUUCCAAAGCAGUUUCCUCUUCAUUAGGGAUUUCAUGUUUCCUUUUUUUGCUAAUUUCUAUGGUAUGUAGUUGAGCUAUAGCAUUAGAGGAGAGGACAUAUCUCCAAAGUUGUGCAGGUCCCUCAGGAAAGGGGAGUGCAGUGCUGCCUGCCCCUAAAUAUUCCCUGAACUUUUAUUCAGCUAUUGAACUGAUCUUCCACACAGGCAGCACUGUCAGAUCUUUGUCCUGGGAUCUGUAAACAAGCACUGAUUUGGAGGCAGUUUCUAAUUCGAAAUUCCUUCCCCUUAAAACCCAGUAUGAUGAUGUGAACUUGAAGAUAAGCUUGAGUUUCAUUUAAAUAAUGGAAACUAACAGUGUGAUGUAAACUUGAAGCAUAAUUAAUCUUGGCUUCUCCGCAGUUGUUUACAGUUAUAUCACAAAUAGCAAAGUACUCCAUGUCCUUUCCACCCCUGUGACAGGAGCAAAGUUUGUUGUUUAAGAAUAGGUAGAUACAAGCUUUUGAUUAGUUAAGAUUAUAUGAAGCAACUUUGCCAAUUUGAGCCAAGUGGAUUGUGGUGUAAUGUUUUCUGCCUAAAAUAUACAAACUAGGAUUUGGCUUGUGAAACACCCAAAUCCAGGGGAGAGUUUAACACCAAGCUCCUUUAGAAUGCUAUAGCUCAGGUGCCUACAUGAAGUGGUUUUUUUCACUAAUAUGCAAUUGAGUAACCUGAAUACUCAGGUUACUGUGGUUGUUGAGCAGAUGUCUAACCUUGUUUUGAAAGCACAUCUACCCAUAUCUGCCUGUGAUAGGGUUAAUAUGUGGAUGUCUGCACGCAGGUUUUAUACAACUACUAGUAACUACUAAAAGCUGAAAUGAUCACUGAGACUGUCUGAAAAAGAGUGAAGGAGAGUCUCUCUGUUGUACUUCUGACUGAUGUGAGACAACAGAUUAUCUAGACCAUGAGCAAAUGGCUAGCUGUGGUUUCUUUCACACUGAAACCUUGUACAUAACCAAAGCUUAUUUCACUGUGUAAUAUAGCGAUUGUAAAAUAAUUAUUUCCUAGAGAUAUUUUUGGAAGUUUAGAAAAACCCUUCAUACACCUU